CGGCGGUAGGUCGUAGUUCGUACAAAACGCACGCCUGAGCAGUGAGCACCGCAACGUGUAAUUUAUUGCAUUACUCUGAUUACUGGCACUGCUGUAAAAUAAUCAUUCAGAUAAUAAAAUUCAUCAACACACUUAAAUCAUGUAAACACAAGGGGAAAUAAUAAAUAAUCACUUUAAUUUAAUUGAUUUAAAAUCUGACGUAAAUAAAUAAAUUAUUUUAGAUAUUAUAAUUUAAAAUUUUGAAUAUUAUAAUAAUUACAGUACGAUAUAUUAGUGAUAAUUUUGUUCUUGAGGGUUUUGUUUAGCAUUGAGUGCGCAUUGGGUACUUUCGAAAUUCAUUCGCAACGUCCCCGUCGUUGUACAGGCUUGAUGGAAAUGGCACCGUUGCAGAUAAAAAUGCCGGGAUUUAAAUCCGUACGAGUAUAAUCCGUAACAUAAGUAACGUGGUGUUGGAAAGCCCGCGGUAUCGGUGUGGGGUAUCGUAGUGGAGUGGCUGUGCUCGUAACAAUUCUUCGUUCUAGCCCAUGUUGCAGUUACUCUUGUUACAAUACUCGUACUCUAGUGUGGAAAAAAUGUGUUUUUAAUUAUUCUUUCCGACGUAGUUUUUCAUAUCAAAAUUUUUUAUUUAUUCGAUAAAAGCUGUAUAUGGUAAUCUGAUAAUAUGUAACAUUAUUAUUUAUCCGUGGCCAGUGUGUUUUUUUUUAUAAUAAUUUUUGAAGCUUCCGCACGAGACGCGGUGCGCUUGUACACAAAUGACAAAUCCGAAAAUUAUUACUUAUUACUCGUACAGAACACAAAUCAGCGCCACGGUCGGGUAAAAAAUUAAAAGAAAAUACAAUGGAAAUAAAAAUCAUGGCGUCGGUUGUGGUGGAAAAAUUCAGGGUGUGUGAUUUCGCUAUGAUCCCGCCAACCAACGACAAGAUGGCGAUUUCGACGGAAUUGUGUCUGGAGGUGUUCUCGCACCUGAACACCGUGGCGCAGAUGCGGCUGUGCACGGUCUGUGCAGCGUGGAACGCGAUGCUGGAGGAGCCGGUGGUGAGCGGCCGCAUCACGCUGGGCGCGUACUUUUACACGGGCAACAAGUGGCGAUUCAGCCAUUUCAUAUCCCUGGCCACGCUGUACAAAUGCCUACAAGCAGGCACGCAGCACGUGACGAUGGCGCAUUUCGGGUCACUGGACAUGCCGGAGAGGAACGCCGCCAUCGACUACCUGACGAUGAUGUGCGAGAUGAUCCACUGCCUGGCGCAACAGCGACCCGGCGUCCGUCUGCGCAGUCUGCACAUGGACACCUUUAACUUCGAACUGGCAAUCCAUUCGGCUUUGGAAAGCGCCGCCGUAAGCGAGUGCGUCCUGCACCAGGCGGAUCGGUCGACGGUUCGGCCGGCGGUGGACUGGGAUUUGGAAUCUCUGCAGAAUUUCAUCGCCGUCUGCAGCCGUCUGCCGUGCCACACGCUCCUCAUGACCAACUGCGACGUCCAUUUGAGCUGCGCGUUCUUCUUUCGCGGUUGGAGGUAUACGUUCGCUGUCUCGGUAGGAAUUGCCGCAGCGCGACUGCCGAUUGAUGCGGAUUUCGGCUGCGCGUUGUGGGAUGCGUUGGACGCGUGGCUGCCGGUGCCGGAUGAGGAGAAAGUGGCGGAGCUCUUGGAGCUGUUGAAAGGGGAUCCGGGUGUCGAGGUGAAAUUGAAGCAGGUCGUCUGCAAGGUGUUGUGCGCGCUGCACGCGGCCGAUCCGCGUCCCUCGUACUACCGCGGGAAGCAGUGGUGCUUGGAGGGUCUUCAAGGUUUACAGGUGGAGAAGUUGUCGCGCAUCGCCCGUCAUUUCCUCGUCCAGCUAGAAACACUGACGGCCAAGACGGGCUCGGAAGCCAUGCAAGCCUGACCGUUUUUUUUACGCUUUUGCUGUCAUUCGCAUUGUGCCCCUUUUUCCUGGGACACCCUUUUGCUGUUAAUCGUGCUGUUCAUGAUAUAGAUAUGUGGGAGCUAAAUUUGCUGCAUCUCUUAUUACUCGAACUGUCGUACAUACUUUUCCUAAUAAGUGUGUGCUUUUGUGGCGUCAGCCAUUCUUUUUCUUUUUCGGAUAAGAAACUCCCAGCUUUACAUGGGAUUUGGGAUCAAUAUUCUAUUGAGAAAUUUGCUCGUAGUGACAUCAGUGUAGCUGAUUGGUAGACUGGAGUCCGUAUUAAAUCCGUUUCUGGGA